ACCAGCCAGUGUUCCUCUGCAACGUCAUUGAGUGAGGAGGAAGUGCGAGUCGCGGCUGGAAAGUGUCGAAAUUAACCCCGUCUUAGUCAUGUGAGGUGCAAAUCCAAGUCGCUAAAAAAAUGGUCAGAUAAGAACCACGCGCGGUGUCACCCUUUUUUUUAAGUGCUCGCAUCCCCAGAAAAGUGAUUCGAGAUGGAUAUGAUGACCGAGGGCGAGACCGUGUACAACUCGCACGAUGACUCCCACGUCGUCAUGUCGGAGAAGGUGCAAUCUCUGGCGGGCAGCAUUUACCAGGAGUUCGAGCGGAUGAUUUCCCGCUACGACGAGGAUGUGGUCAAGGACCUCAUGCCCCUCGUUGUCAACAUCCUGGAGUGCUUGGACCUCGCCUACACAGAAAACCAGGAGCAUGAGGUGGAGGUGGAGCUGCUACGAGAGGACAAUGAGCAGCUUGUCACCCAGUAUGAGCGGGAGAAACAGCUCAGGAAGACCUCGGAGCAGAAACUGCUGGAGAUCGAGGAUGGCAUGGAGGAGGAGCGGAAGCAGUACCAGGCCAAGGUGGAGAGUCUCGAGUCCAUCGUCAGGAUGUUCGAGCUCAAGAACCGAAACGCCACCGACCACGCAAACCGCAUGGAAGACAAGGCAGAUGAGCUCAAGAAAGAGUAUGCUAAGCUUCAUGAGCGCUACACAGAGCUCUUCAAGACGCACAUGGACUACAUGGAGCGCACCAAGAUCCUCAUGGGCACUGACAGAUUGGACCAGCUGGGCUCCUCUAGAGGAAGAAUUCCUGGCUUCACGCUAGCCAAUCUCAACAGUCUACCGCAUUACAGAUCAUCUGGACCCGUUUCCUUUGGCUUCAGCUCGCUGGAUCCAAACAAGUCGGUGUCUUCCCCCGUGGACAUGACUGGCUCAGCCAACGGCACCCUGCAAGUCUCAUCCCUCAAGAAUGAACUGCAGGAAGCACAAGUCGGCCCGGACACUCCAGUUGUACACACAGACAAAGGUCAGACGACGGACUCCAUUGACCAGACUGAACGGGGAACAGCCACAAAGGGAGGCUGGGUGGAUGGGUUCACACCCGAGUCGGAGAUGAUGUCUUCGCCAGAGAUGGAGGACCUGGAGGACAUCUCUAUGGACACCAGCAUCGGGCCAGAAGGCAAGCCACCAGGGAAGCUGAAACCCACCACCACAAAGCACAAAGAGGAGCGAACAGGCAACACCUUAUAUCAGGAAUUGCAGUUCCAGGAGCCAGAUGCCUUGGCAGAGAUGGAUGAAGGAGCUGACAUUACAGGUGGCUGGGUGCAUCCUGGAGAAUAUGCGUCAUCGGACAGUGGGAGUGAGGAAGGUGGGAACUCGCCCACGUACUCGGUCACUGACAACUUCUUUGGGAUGGGCAAGGAAGUGGAGAACCUCAUCAUGGAAAACAACGAACUCUUGGCAACUAAGAAUGCUCUAAACAUUGUGAAAGAUGACCUUAUUGCCAAAGUAGAUGAACUAACAAGUGAGCAAGAAAUCCUGCGAGAGGAGAUCAAGUCUCUCAAUGCUGUCAAGUCCAGACUGAAGCUCAGGAUCACUGAGUUGGAGGAUGAAGUGAAGAAAGUCAAAGAAGAAUUUGAGAAGAACGCAAAGGCCAACAAGUCAGAUGACGAGGAGGACGUACCUAUGGCACAGCGCAAGAGGUUCACUCGAGUUGAAAUGGCGAGAGUGUUGAUGGAGCGGAAUCAAUACAAGGAGCGAUUCAUGGAGUUGCAGGAAGCUGUGCGCUGGACAGAGAUGAUUAGGGCCACUCGCAAUGACCCCAAUGUGGAUAAGAAGAGCAAACAGACAAUUUGGAAGUUCUUCAGCAACUUGUUUAGUACAUCAGAGAAGCCUCAGAGAAAGCCUCUUCCUUAUGGUAAUGUUCGCUACAGCCCACCAACACACCAGGUCACACCAGCCCUCGAGACAAUGCGGCAGAAGAAACUGUCCGACCAUAGACGCAAAGGCCUUGAAAUAUUUGAUGCAGAAUUAGACAGCCCAGAUGACGUGAGUCGGGAGCCGUCUCCCCUCACAUUCCUCUACCCCUCCUCCAGCUCCUCAGAGAAGUAUCAACAGCGCCGUGCCACAGAGAGGCGGGAGCAGUACAGGCAGGUCCGUGCACAUGUAAAGAAGGAUGAUGGACGGAUGCAGGCAUAUGGCUGGAGUUUGCCUGCUAAGACAGGACAAAAGGCCAUAGAGGGGCCUCAGACCCAGCCCAAGAGCUCCGCCUCUACACACGUGCCUGUCCCAGUACCUGUAUAUUGCCGCCCACUGAUGGAGAAGGAACCAGGAAUGAAGAUUUGGUGUGCAGCAGGAGUGAAUCUGACUGGGGGAAGAACCAAAGAUGGUGGCAACAUAGUGGGUGCCAGCGUAUUCUACUCUGGGGACACAGAGACAACAGAGGUGAAGCCAGGAGAUGAAGUGGACAAGUUAGACAUGGAACUCAAGGAGCAUGAAAAGGACAGAAGAGAUGGGGAACUCCUGGAGCAAACACUUUCAUCUCUUGUUUGGAUAUGCACAUCAACACACUCUAUUAGCAAAGUCACAGUAAUUGAUGCAAAUAACCCAGCUGACAUUCUAGAGUCCUUCCAUGUCUGCUCCUCACACCUCUUGUGCAUAGCAAGUGUUCCAGGUGCGAAAGAGUCGGAUUACUCAGUGGAUGAGGACCUGAACAAGCUGGUGGAGGAGUCACAGCAAAAUGGCAGCGGAGCCUCAGAGGACACAGCAGCCAGUGAGGGCAAGAGCAAGGAGGAGAGUAGUGGUCCCUCCAUGGGCACACUCUCUUUCAUCAGUUGUGCUGCAGGCAGUGACACUGGGGCACCAGAUUCUCCAUCAGAGAAAGAGCCAGAAGAAAUAAAACCUGUUCUCCGCAAAGAAACGAUCACCUGUACAGAUCCAGAGCAAGAUGCAGACCGGGCGGAGGUGAUGGAGAAUUCUGGGGAAGAGGAAGUUCCCCCACGCAGGCUGCUCAAGGAACCAGAGGGUGUAGUCAAGGAUGGGGUUGAGGAGGCACAGCCUACCCCUGAUACAAGUGUAGUGACUGAGGAGGUGGAGAAGAUGUCGUCUGUGUUGGCGACAAUGUGGCUAGGGUCACAGAGUGGCUCCAUUUACGUUCACUCUGCUGUCCGCCAGUGGAAGCGCUGCCUUCACUCAAUCAAGCUCAAGGAUUCUGUGCUUGCUAUUGUCCACAUCAAGGGCCGUGUCCUAGCUGCACUAGCUGAUGGGACAGUGGCCAUCUUCCACCGGCAAGGGGAUGGCCAGUGGGAUCUCACCAACUACCACCUACUGGACCUGGGCAAGCCCCACCACUCAAUCCGCUGCAUGCAUGUUGUGCACAACAAGGUUUGGUGUGGCUACCGGAACAAAAUCCAUGUCGUAGAUCCCAGGAUUAUGAAUGUAGAGAAAUCCUUUGAUGCCCACCCACGUAAAGAAUCACAAGUACGACAGAUGGCUUGGAUUGGUGAUGGUGUGUGGGUAAGCAUCAGGCUGGACUCCACACUGCGGCUCUACCAUGCACACACACACCAGCAUUUGCAAGAUGUUGACAUUGAGCCAUACGUCUCUAAGAUGCUCGGUGUCUUCCCUGGAGUCACCGUUCCAGGGACGGGGAAGUUGGGCUUCUCCUUUGUAAGAAUAACAGCUCUCCUCAUCUCGUCAAACCGCCUCUGGAUUGGAACCGGCAAUGGAGUUAUCAUCUCCGUCCCACUGUCUGAGAGCAUUGUCCAGCGGCUCCGUGCCAAUCCAAGGCCGGUUGCCAGCGGUAGCGGAGGCGAGGGAGGCACCCCAGGGAGUGGAGGAGGAGUGCGGGUGCCUACGUCUGCGGGAGCGUCAGGUGCUCCAGGAUGCCCGGGGCUGUCAUCCGUGUGUAUAGCGAUGUCAAGGACCAGGUGACGCCCGGUUCCUUCAUCCCUUACUGCUCCAUGGCCCAAGCUCAACUCUCCUUCCACGGGCACAGGGACGCUGUCAAGUUCUUCGUUGCAGUGCCAGGCUCAGGCGGGUAUAAUGCCCUUACAGCCACACCGCCUGUUUCUGCGGUCCCGGCCAUCACUGACAAGGAGCAGCCGGAGGAGGACGUCGAGAAGAAGCCAAAGAGUAUGUUAGUCAUAUCGGGUGGAGAGGGAUACAUUGACUUCAGAAUCGCCGACGAACGGGAGGAAGACCGUGAUACCGCCAGUCACCUCCUGGUGUGGCAUAUACCUGUGGAAGACAACCUGUCCCACCUCCAUGCCCAACCCUAUACCUCCUCCUCCUCCUCCUCCUCUGCCACCGCCAACAACCCCUCCCCAGCAACGACCAACGGCCACGCGUAGCAGCCCCACCAUCAUCUCCACCAACACCACCAUCACCUCCUCCACAUGGACAGCCUCAGCCCCGGGUGAAGGAGAGGAGGAUGGAGCCCCAGACACGUCAGCCGAGUCGCUAAGCCGUGGUGACAGAUCCCACCUUAUCGUUUGGUCUGUUGCUCGCCCACCAGUGUGAGGGGCACAUAUCACCUCAGCUGGGCCUCAAGCAUCGGCCGGCAACCAAUUGUGGAAUUCUCCUAAGUCCAGGGUAAAAAAUUCUAGAGUGUUGCUCAGAGGUAAUGAGUAAAGGCAUCCAGUGAGAGUAACUAUAGAGAAAUGUGAUAUAAGCAGUGAGCUAGAAUUUGAAGCCCUGGGAAGGUCUCAUGUGGAGGUUAUCAUUGCAUCACUUGUCUGCCUCAGGAGACGGAAAGACCCAGUCCCAUGAAUGAAAGAAAAGCAAGUUCACUAUUAUUGUUGUUGUUAUAACUUUUUCCUCUUUAGUAAACUUUUGUUUGUUUUUUAAGUCACGUUAUUGGCUUGAAGAAAAUUAGUGUUUUGAAGGGUUGAAGAAAGAGAGCUGGGACUGGUGUAUUUUCACUUCUCAGAGGGUCAUUUUCAAGUAAAAUAAUUAAUCACAGCACAAGAACAGAUUCAGAAUGGAGCUGUAAGUGUCAGAGGUGUUUUUCCGAAAUUGAUGCCUAAACACUUUUAUUUAUUCUUUUUUAUUUUUGAGGGGAGGGGGGAGGCUUACUUUGAAAGUUUAGCAGGCAAGGAUUUGUCAUUUCUUGAA